AUGGACACCUUUUCCUCUUUGCUCUUGAGGCACGCUCUCUUGCCCCCACACUACCACCAUGCUCUGGCCCCUCAAUUUCUUCUCUUGCCCCCACACUACCACUAUGCUCUGGCCCCUCAAUUUCUUCACUCGGCCCCUCUAAACCCCUCUGUUCAACUAGCUUCCACAGCACUCUGGAUCCCACAAUCACAACUAUCGUUAGGCCACCCUGGUUCAGAGGCAGAGAACCGGAGCGCAUCAUGGUCAUUCCGAGUCACUUAUGCGCAUGUUUUUGGGAGUAGCUGUGUUUUGAGGUUAUGA